AUGAAUCUGUUGACUGUAAGUCGUCGAUGUGGUCUACUGUUUUACUUGACUCAAUCUAACAUUCAGACACCACCAAUUUCUUUUCCUUCAAGCUCAAUAUCUCAAGGUUCUAAAUCUAAGAGGAAGAGAACAUUAAAUGACACUAAAGAAGACCACCAGCAUUCCCAAACCUUUUCAACUCAAUACAAUAAUUUGAAGCCAUUGAAAAGAGGCAUUGAGAGUGUUCUAUCUGAUGUUACCAAUGUAAUUCAUUCU